AUGACCAACAUAAGCAUGUCACCAUUCACAAAUGAGAUCGAGCGGACAGAUCCACCUCGCGGGUUCACUAUGCCUCACUUCACUCUAUACAAGGGCGACGAAGAUCCAGAUCGACAUCUCAAGCACUACCGCAGUACCAUGAUCCUCUACAGGAACAACGACGCACUUAUGUGCAAAAUUUUUACCACAACUCUACAAGGCGAGGAGUAUUCAUCUAACCGCUCAAUCAAAAAGACAUCCGACCAUCUCUUCAGCAUGGUAAAAGACCCUAGGGAGACAAUUCGCGACUAUGUCAAGAGGUUCAAAGUUGAGAAGGCCAAGAUUGUUGGCUACAACGAGGACAUAGCAAUGGCAACAUUUAGAAAUGGGCUUCCCACCGAACAUCAUUUAUUCGAAAAACUGAUCAUAAGAGAAGAACUAACCCUAGCAGCUUCAUAUGCUUUGGUAGAAAAGCAUGCAUUAUGGGAUGAGGCCAAACAGUCUAACAAAAACGAGUCAGAAAAGAAGCACAUGGAACGUUCCUCUACCAAAGAAGACUCAGGGCCUGAAACAUUCACCAAUUUCACAGUUCCAAUCGGCCAAAUUCUCUGCAAGCUCAAGAACAAACCUUGGUUCGAACUGCCGCCACCCAUGAAAGACAAUCUUACCAGGCUGGAUCAUACAAAGUAUUGUGCAUUCCAUCAAGGACCAGGCCACACUACCAACGGCUGCCUAAAGUGA